AUGGAUUCAUGCGAGUCCGUCUGCUUUAGCCGAAUCCUUGGUAUCAGGGAUGCCGACUCCAUCACGCCCGAGCAGAGCAUCUCUCUGGCUGUCGGAGAGAACCCGCUCAGAAAGUACGCUCCUGAGUGGUGCAAGUACGCCAACAUCAAGUUCAACUUUGUCGAUUCCGGAGACGUGGACAUUCUCAUUGCGUUCAAUCCGAAAGAUGGCUCCUGGUCUUACAUCGGAACGGACGCUACCAACAUCGUUGCCAAAGGACUUCCCACAAUGAACCUCGGUUGGAUAAACGAGGGCAGUCCAGAGUCUAAACUCCGUUCCGUGAUCCUGCACGAGUUUGGUCACGCCUUGGGGGCUGUCCACGAACACGAAAGCCCGUACGCUAAGAUCCCAUGGAACAAGGAGGUUGUCUAUGACGCGCUUCUUCGAAGCAACGGCUGGGACCGCGAGAAGGUUGAUCAAAACAUGUUCACCAUCUAUAAACUAGAGGAGAACACACGUGCCACUGAAUUUGAUGGAGCCAGCAUCAUGAUCUACAGCAUUCCUCCCGAAUGGACAACGAAUGGCAAAGGAGCCAAUCGCAACACCCAACUAUCUGCUCGAGACAAAGCCUACAUCAAGUUCUGCUAUCCGUCAGAAGAUUUCGAUGCCGGACAAUUCAAUACCAUGGAAGUUCGCACAUGGGAGAAUCCGCAGCCGGUUACCAGCAAGGUCAUCUACUACCACCAUAGGUACGAUUCGGUGCCCCAAAUGUCCGUCGGCCUCACGUCCCUCGAUAUCGGCAACGGCGCCAACAUUCGAAUCAAGGCCACAGUCAGCGACCAAACAUAUGAGCAUUUCAAGGCCUCUUUGGACACUUGGGCUGGCACCACGCUCUAUUCCGCCUCCUUGGCUUACCUAGAGGUUGACCCCGACCGCUUUGACUACCUUCAGACAGGUCUGUACAACACCUCAGAGACUCGCCCUUGGAACCAGCCGCAAGAGAAGCAGUCAAAGCGCAUCGAAUUUGCUCAGCCAUUCGAGGCCCCCCCUAAGGUUGUGACUUGGCUCCAAGCCUUAGACAUGGAUCGCAGCAAGAACUGGCGCGUCAAGGUGUAUGCCACCAAUAUCGACAGCAGAGGUUUCACCAUCCAUAUCGACACGUGGGCUGACUCCAUACUGUACAUGGCGGGCGCCACUUGGAUGGCUUAUCCUGCCCACCAACCCCAAGUUGCCAGUGGCAGAUUCAGCACCAACGACAUCCGCACCUGGGACAACCCAAGAGCGGAGAAUUCGAGCACAUUCAAGUUCCCCACGCCCUUCUCGAAGCAACCCAAGGUUUUCAUGGCCAUUGACGAGCUCGACUAUGAUUCUCGAAGUAAUUUGCGACUGAGAUUGAGCACUUCGUCCGUUACCAACACUGACAUUACUUGGCAUCUUCAGAGUUGGUGGGACUCGAAGAUGUAUGUCGCCAGUGCGUCCUUCUUUGCUUGGGCUUGA